AUGUUUACAGCAACCAAGCUACAGGUCGCCACGUACCUUUUCGGCGUCUGUCCAUUCUCAAUCGCGUUUCUCGUCUUUCUGAACUCCUCCGUGUCUUUCGUCAUCACAGAUCUUAUUGGCAAGAAAGAUGGUGUCGGCGACGCAGUUGGAAGCUUGGGCUUUGCCGAUGAGCUGCUUGCACUUGUAGCAUGCCCGUUCUGGGGUUUGCUAUCGGACCGUAUGGGACUACGUUUUGUCUGCGUAUCGGGUUAUCUGAUCAUCUGCCUGGCAUUGGUCCUGUUCGUUCAAGCAAAGAAUGUAUAUCCUCAGCUUCUUUUGGCGAGGUUGUUCUUUAGCCUAGGUGGUGCCGCCGCCUCUACCAUGGUCACAGCUACUCUCCCUGCUGUCACAUCUCCGCCCAGGGACACCACCGUCGACCACCAUCACCAGACGAGGGCUGCGCAGGAUUUGGUUGCGAAUGGUCAUGUUUCGAGCCCUUCAAUAGAGUCAGAGGUGACCAUUACCCCUGAGAUAUUCGUGUCCCGCUACUCACGACAUAAGGCUGAUCGAACUUUGCCCGCGGGAGAUCCUGAUAUCACCAGAUCUACGAGUCAAGUUGCCGGGUUCGUUGGCAUGUUCACAGGCUGCGGUGCUUUGAUCGCAUUGACCGUAUUUCUGCCCAUUCCAGCGAAGUUCCAGUAUGCAGGAGUUGGAGAAAAGGCAGCUCUAAGAGACAGCUUUUACAUUGUGGCUGCUGUAGCGUUCGUGCUUGCUGUCUGGUGUUUCUUCGGUCUGCGGCAUCUAGAAGGAGAACCACGGAAGGGCUUCUCAAAUGCUUCUGCUUCUCCGGACGAAGCUCGUAUCCUAGGCCGAUUGGGUCCUCUUGAGCAGAUGCUUCGCAGCUUUCGGACUGCCAUCCUUGCCGGCUUCAAGCAGUCCGAGAUUGCCAUCGGAUACAUCGGAGGUUUCGUCGCCCGCGCUUCCUCGGUCGGCAUCUCACUAUUCAUACCCCUUCUCGUCAACGCAAUGUUCCUCUCAUCAGGUCUAUGCGACGCUCAAGACGCCAAUGGCGACCCCACAGGGCUUCCAGAUAUCAAAAGGAAGUGUCCGCGAGCAUAUAUUGUCGCUGCAGAAUUGACUGGCGUCACGGAAACGGUAGCGCUAGUGUUCGCACCAAUCUUUGGUUACUGGGCUGCAAAGGCAUCCAAGAGAGAGAUCCCACUCCUAGUGGCUUCCAUUGCCGGCGUCAUUGGCUAUCCCUUGUUUGCGAAUGAAUUUGACCCAGAUGACAGAAACACGUCGAAGCGCGUCGCCGCUUUCCUGGCUGCCUCUCUCAUCGGCAUCAGCCAAAUCGGCGCCAUUGUGUGCAGCCUAGGUACACUCAGUAAGGGUGUCCUUCUGGCGAGCCCUAGAACCUCGUCUGCUGGUCUUGAUCGUGAAGGGCAGCGAAGCGACAGGCAUUCGGUUGAAGCAGAACCUCUUCUUUCAGCUGCGCCGCGAUCGACAGGCGAAAAACCACUAUCGGACUUGAAGGGUUCUGUCGCCGGCGUUUAUUCACUCUAUGGGGGAGCUGCGAUUCUGAUUCUUACUAAACUCGGCGGCCUGUUAUUCGACAAAGUGUCACUGGGAGCUCCAUUCUACAUCAUGGCUGUCUUCAACGCAUUAUUAAUGGUUGCAUGUGCGUUUCUCAGCAUUCGGCAACGUGAUGAAAGAGGCACAAUCCAGGAAGCAGGUCCCCAUGACAGCAGAUGA